AUGGUGCGGUCUUACAGAAAGUACGAAUCGGGUCAGUCCUUCGGCACCGUCUGUACUGCAACGUCAAACACAAUUUGGACGCCCGAUGGAUCGAGUCGCAAUGCUGGUUCAGGAAGAGCUUUUGUAGGCGCAAACGAAGAUGUGCUCUGCUGGGACGUGAAGAAGGGAGAAUUACUGUCGCGAUGGCAUGACAAGGACAACCGAAGUCAGGUGACAUGCAUAUCACAGUGCGAAGUCCAGCCCGAUCUGCUGGCUGUGGGAUACACUGAUGGGUCGAUUCGAAUAUGGGAUGCUCUAUCUGGGCAGGUAGUGGUGAGCUUCAACGGCCACAGAAGUGCAAUCACACAACUGCAGUUCGACCAGGAAGGCUCGAGGCUUGCAAGUGGGAGCAGAGAUACGGACAUCAUCAUCUGGAAUCUGCUCUCUGAGACCGCAGACUUCAGACUACGCGGCCACAAGGACCAAAUCACUGGCAUAUCAUUCUUGCGCACACAGAUCACGCCACGCGAUGAGCAGGAUGGAGCUGUCGACGAGGCCAACGUCAGCGAGACUGAGGAGCGAUAUCUACUUUCGACUUCGAAGGAUGCCCUGGUAAAGGUCUGGGAUUUGUCAACACCACACUGUAUCGAAACACAUGUCGCGCAGACGAGUGGAGAGUGCUGGGCUCUUGGCAUAAGUCCGGAUGGCGCAGGGUGUAUCACAGCAGGCAACGACGGCGAGCUGAAAGUCUGGAGGUUAGACCUCGAAGCGCUGGCCAAGCUGAGCAGCAAUGUUGGCGAUGGCAAGAAGCAGGAUGUUCUGGUCAGUCAAGGUAUCAUACACCGACAAAGCAAGGACAGGACCAUCGGGAUAUCGUUCCACGCGAGGCAGGAUUACAUCUCGAUACAUGGCUCCGAGAAAGCGGUGGAGCUGUGGCGGAUACGGUCUACAGAAGAGAUACAUCGACACAUGCAGCGUAAGCGAAGGAGAAGACGAGAGAAGGCGGCAGCAGCAGGAGAGGCCUUGGUGCCAGAGAAGGAAGAAGCUCUCGAACCACCUGACGUGAGCGAUGUCUUCGUGCCUUACGUGAUUGUUCGUACUGGCGGCAAGCUACGCUCAGCCAACUGGAUCACAAGCGGCAACAAAUCAGUCAAGCACCUACAACUGCUGACUGCGACCACCAACAAUCAGCUUGAGGCCUACAAUGUCAUAUCACAUCGCGCGCAAGAGAAGACGGGAAGCAGGGAGGCGCCUGACUACAGCCGAUCGUUGGCAGUUGAGCUCCCUGGUCACAGAACUGAUGUUCGCACGUUGGCUUUAUCAUCCGACGACCGCAUGCUUGCAAGUGCUUCGGCUGGUGCGCUCAAGGUGUGGAACCUGCGGACGCAGUCAUGCCUUCGUACACUAGAAUGUGGCCAAGCCCUCUGCUCUGCUUUCUUGCCCGGAGAUCGAAUGGUACUGCUGGGCACCAAGACUGGAGAGCUCGAACUAUACGACAUCAGCACGAGCACAUUAGUCGAGAAGAUUGAGGCACACGAAGGAGCGAUCUGGACUCUAGCAGUGCAUCCCGAUGGUCGGUCCGUGGUGACAGGCUCUGCAGACAAGACUGCUAAGUUUUGGCGCUUUGAUGUGGUCGACGAAGACAUUCCUGGUACAAGGAGGACAACACAACGACUGAAGCUGACGCAAACACGCCAGCUGAAAGUGGCCGACGACGUGCUUUCGUUGUGCUUCUCACCGGACCAGAAGUACCUCGCGCUGAGCACCCUCGACAACACGGUCAAGCUCUUCUUCGUGGAUAGCUUGAAGCCAUAUCAUAUUCUCUACGGUCACAAGCUACCCGUACUGAAUGUGAGCAUAAGCAGUGAUUCAAAGCUCAUCGCCACAUGUUCUGCAGACAAGAACGUCAGGAUAUGGGGCAUGGACUUUGGUGACUGCCACAAAGCGUUCUUCGCACAUCAAGACAGCGUGAUGCAGGUUGGCUUCAUUAUGCAUCCGGUCGAGCAAGAUGAGAGGCACAUCGUCUUUAGCGCAAGCAAAGACGGCGUGGUCAAGACAUGGGAUGGAGACAAGUUCGAACAAAUCCAGAAGCUCGAAGGCCACCACGGUGAGAUCUGGGCCAUGGCCUUGAGUCGUACUGGCGAGACCGUCAUCACUGCCUCACACGACAAGAGCAUACGAACGUGGCAGGUUGGCGACGACCUCAUCUUCCUCGAAGAAGAACGUGAACGAGAGCUCGAGGAAAUGUACGAGUCAACGCUGGCUCAAAAUAUCGAUCGCGACCUUCAAGACGGCGACGAACAAGACGCAGAAGUCGCGGCCGCAAGCAAGCAAACCAUCACGACCCUCAUCCACGGCGAAAAGAUCAUAGAAGCCCUCGAAGUCGGCAUUACAGAUCUCCACCUCAUGCGAGCCUACGAACGCGACAAAGUCCACAACCCCAAGCUAGCAGUCCCACAAGACCGCAACCCCAUCUUCCAGUACAGCAACAUGUCCGCCGAACAACACGUCCUUCAGACACUCCGCAAAGUCCCGUCUCCUGCCCUCAACGACGCCCUCCUGGUCAUACCCUUCAGCACUCUACCCACGCUCUUUACCUUCCUCGCCGUCCUCCUCCAGAAACACAUGCAACCUGAGCUCGCGUGGCGCAUUACGUACUUCAUGCUGCAGGCACACAUGACGCAGAUCGUGGCGUCGAAGCAGCUGAAGUCGAUCUUGACGGAUGUGUAUGAGGCGUAUGAGGCGUGGCAAGAGGAGGAGAGGAAAGUGAUGGGGUUCAAUCUGGCGGGUUUGGAGAUUAUGAGUAGGGAGGUGAGGGAGAAUGAAAGUUCUGGAUAUCUGGAUGAGCCGAUCGACGAGGAUCGAGAUGCGAUGGAGAAAGGGCGGAAGAAGAGAGCUUUCGCCAGUGUCGCGUGA